GCUUGAUCUUGGCGAGCGCGUGCGCACCCGUGGGAAAAUUCUCGAGACAGUUUAGCGCGUGGCACUAGAUCUUCACCUGAGAUAAAGGAACAGUUGAAACGCCACAGUACCUUGAAGUUGGACGUUUGUUCUAACUUGAAAGUUUCACUUGCUGGAAAUUCAAUAUUGUUCAGGUGCAUUGGAAGCCCCCUCCUGACCAAGGGGGCGUGAGAAAAUUAUUCGCCCACGAUGAGAGCGCUUUGCCCGGUUUUUGUAUAUUGUAUCAGCCUGCUCUCCUCACAACUGCUGGCUCUACCGGUGAGAAACAGGUUGGACUUCAUGACAAGACAUCAGCUAAGAGAGGAAAAUACCAUCUCUCCGGACAUUACUGAGCACCCAAACACUGACCAUGGCGUCUCCAUCGACCGCACCAUUCUAUGGAGGGCCAUCCUCUCCAAAUCGCCACCUCAAGACCCAAUAAGAAACCCAUUCCACAUCGGUCAGCCAAUGGUAGGAGAGUCCGCCAAAACGGGAGAGAGUGCUAGACACAGAGGUCGUCGCAAUGUGCACUCAAAAGGCCACCAUAACCAUCAUCACGCUCAGCUGAUGCGUGUCAGAUGCGUCCUCGGUACCUGCCAGGUACAAAACCUCAGUCAUCGCCUUUACCAACUGGUCGGGCAAAGCGGACGAGAAGACUCGCCCAUUAACCCGCGCAGUCCACACAGUUACGGAUGAGUUUAGGGGGAUGUCCGGCUAAAACUAAGACCAAGAAAACAGCGUUACACAUAUCUGUCCUGGUGUUUGUCUAUUUUAUUGCAAUAGGAUACUGCUGUAGUACUCUUUCCUCCUCUCUGCCUUGGUUUUCUGGAGUGUAUAUUGUGCCUUUUUGGACAGAAAGGACCUCUUGUUACUUGAUGGCGAAUUUUGAAUUCGGUGCCUCUGAAUUACUUUGACUCUGGCCUCUCAUUUUUUGGUACUCAAACAGAUCCUUUAUUUUAAUAUUGUCAUUUCAUUAAGUCUUCAGAUAAGAGAUUAUUCCGGGUUACGCCGCAUUAUGUCCCGACUCAUCUAAGACUGUUAACUUCUACAUCACUGAUCAGACUGGCUGAGCCUUUAAUGUGGAUUUCAACAAGGUGUGGGAUUGGAUUUCUGUCAAUGUGAGGCUUGUGUGUUCCAAAAAUCUCUGAACCCUCUCACCUUGUGUCUCCAAAAGACUUUUAAGAAGAAAGCAGACUUUCUACAAUUGCUUCGUAAGUGGUGCAAGACCACCAUCUGAUACCUUCUCACUUGAAUAGCUACUGCAACGUUGGGUUUAAAUGUUGGGUUUUAGACAAUGGAGAAUUGUCUGAAUUUACAAACACAGUGGUCCCUUGGUUGAACCCGCAUAACAAUACAGUAGCAAUCACCAUCGAAUCCAGAUUAACACAUUAUUGCUUCUCAGUGCACUUUGAGGUCUGGCGUCUGAAAUAUUACACUUCACGUGGUUCAUAAAGUCACAAGAAUGAGUUAUAAUCCCCAAGGUCUCAGUUUCAACUCUGACAGAAUCCUGCUAGGCUUUGCCACAUUUUAUAAACAGAAGCAAGACUUUUCGGAGCAUUUUUAAAUUAUGGUUCUAACUCACCCAUAAAUACCCAUUACCAAGGUUACAGAGGCUAAAACUAGCUUAAGGGCUGUUUAAAAAACAUUUUCUCCCAUUUUUAUUGCGAAACACUCUUAAAGGAACAUCUCAUCAUUCCCCAAAAAAUAAUUUUGUCAUGAUUUACUCAUAAAGUUCCAAACCUGUAUGACUUUUUCAUUCUGCGUAAUACAAAAUGUUCAUACAUUGCACCUCAAAGGAUUCUGAAGUUGGUUUUGGACCCCAUUGACUUGCAUUGUAUUGACAAAAACAGUAUUCUUAGUAAACGACACAACUGUUAAUAUCAUAAAUGCCCUCAAAAAUGUUCUUAACACACACUGACUGGCAUAAUUUAAGUAAUUCUCAAGCUCAUUCUUGUAACUCUAAUUAAAGAUUCUGGUUCUACCAAAAUUUGAGGAGCAAGCGUUCCAAAGUCUUUCGGGAAAAUGGCCUUCCAAAAGGACUCUUCCAGCUGUGUCAUGUAUUUUAAAAAUUCCAUUUUGUUGUAAUAAUCAUGUCUGAAUACGUGGGUGGAUACACAGACCAAAAAUACC